AUGGUAACGGUCACCAGAAGUCUCUAUUGUGGAAAUGACCAAAAGGCCUCCCUUGUCAGCAUAGAAGUCGACAAUCAAGAUGACGUCAGUUCAGAUGACAGUGAAGAGGAUGACACAGAUGUGGAUAGUGAUGAAGAGGAAGAAGAAGAAGAAGAAGUAAAACCCAGUAAGUCUACAAAAAAAACAACUACAGUAAAAAGGCACAUAAAGGAUGCUGAGGAAGACUCACAAAGUGUGGCCAAAAAAAGAGGUAAAAAGAGCAAAGAAGAAAGUGAAAAUGGAAGGAGUAAAAAUAAGGAGGAUAAGCUAAAAGUAGACACUACAAAAAAUAAAAAGAACAGAAGAAAUGAAAAAACAAAAAACAACAAAUCUGAAGAGGAGGAAGAUGAAGAGGAAGAACAGCCUAAGCACAAGCAUAAAGGCAAACAUAGGAAGAAAAAAGAUAAGUCAGGAAGUUCAUCAUCAGAAGAAGACGAAGAUGUAAUAACUGAGGAAGAAUUGGCAAAUCUUAAAGAAGCAGUUGAAGAGAAAAAGAAGUCAAUUACUACCUUAAGAAAUCAGCCAUGGCGUAUGAAAAAGAAACUGGAAACACUAAAAGAAGCCCAGGAAUUUAUAGAGAAAUUUGAAGGUGCCCUUGGAAAGGGCAAGGGAAGAAAGUUUUAUGCAUAUAAGGUGAUGAUGCUCAAGAAAUGGAUGAAGUUUAAGCGGGAUUUUGAAAAUUUUAAAACUGCCUGUAUACCAUGGGAAAUGAAAAUAAAGGAAAUAGAAAGUCAUUUUGGGUCCUCUGUGGCUUCGUACUUCAUUUUUCUGAGAUGGAUGUAUGGGAUUAACAUGGUUUUGUUUGGUCUCACUUUUGGCCUUGUCAUGGUUCCUGAGGCACUGAUGGGAAAACCCUAUGGCAGUAUGCCAAGGAAAACUGUACCAAGAAGUGAAUCUUCAACAGCUAUGGACUUUGCAACUCUGUGGGAUUUUGGAGGUUAUGCACAGUACUCAGUGCUGUUUUAUGGAUACUACAACAAUCAACGUGCCAUUGGGUGGCUUAAGUUUCGUUUACCACUCUCCUAUUUUUUGGUUGGAGUUGGAACUAUUGCUUAUAGCUUCAUGGUGGUUAUCAGAACAAUGGCAAGCAAUGCCAAUCAAGAAGGUGGUGGGGAUGACACUAGCUUUAACUUUAGUUGGAAAAUGUUCACCAGCUGGGAUUAUUUAAUUGGGAAUCCAGAAACUGCUGAUAACAAGUUUGCUUCAAUUACCACUAGCUUUAAGGAAUCAAUUGUGGAAGAGCAAGAAAAUCGUAAAGAGGAAAAUAUUCAUUUGACACGGUUCCUGCGUGUGCUGGCUAACUUCUUAGUACUUUGCUGUCUUGCUGGGAGUGGAUACCUAAUUUAUUUUGUUGUGCGACGUUCUCAAAAGUUUGCACUGGAAGGACUAGAAAACUAUGGCUGGUGGGAGAGAAAUGAGGUGAACAUGGUGAUGUCUUUGUUGGGAAUGUUUUGCCCAACUUUAUUUGAUGUGAUCAGUGCUUUGGAAAAUUACCACCCACGCAUUGCCCUUAGAUGGCAGCUUGGACGAAUAUUUGCAUUGUUCUUAGGCAAUCUUUAUACUUUUAUUAUUGCUCUUAUGGAUGAAAUAAACUUGAAGCUGGAAGAAGAAGCAGUAGUUAAGUAUAAUAUGACAAUCUGGGAGGCCAAUCUUUAUAAUGGAACUUUGUCAGAAAAUUCCACUAGACCACCUAUUGAAGUUGACCCUGCUGAUGUGCCAAGGGGGCCAUGCUGGGAGACAAUGGUUGGACAGGAAUUUGUAAGACUGACCAUCUCUGACACCAUGACCACCUAUAUAACUAUCCUGAUUGGAGAUUUUCUUCGAGCUUUGUUUGUCAGAUUUAUUAAUUAUUGUUGGUGCUGGGAUCUGGAAUAUGGAUUUCCAUCUUAUGCAGAAUUUGAUAUCAGUGGAAAUGUGCUGGGUCUGAUCUUCAACCAAGGAAUGAUAUGGAUGGGGGCAUUUUAUGCACCUUGCCUUCCGGCCAUCAAUGUGCUACGACUCCAUGCAUCCAUGUAUCUUCAGUGCUGGGCAGUCAUGUGCUGCAAUGUUCCACAUGAAAGAGUAUUCAAGGCCUCCAGAUCUAAUAACUUCUACAUGGCAAUGUUGUUGUUUAUCCUUUUCCUGUCAACGUUACCUGCAGUUUAUACAAUUGUCUCCAUUCCACCUUCAUUUGACUGUGGCCCUUUUAGUGGGAAAAGCCGAAUGUAUAAUGUUAUCCAAGAAACCCUAGAGAACGAUUUUCCUGCCUGGUUUGGAAAAGUCUUCAGUUAUGCUUCAAAUCCUGGAUUGAUUCUUCCUUUCAUAUUGCUCAUGGUUUUAGGAAUAUAUUACCUGCAGUCUACUUCAAAAGCCUAUAAAGCAGCUAAUAUCGAAUUAAAAAAGAAACUUCAAAAUCAAAAUGAGGAAAAUAAAAGGAAGAAUAAAACUGCAGCUCUGAAAGCAGCCAGCGAGUUAGAAGAAGCCAAGAAUCUUGCUGCCCAAGCAAGACAGGAGAGCUUAGCAGUACAAAAUGGAUUUCAAGGUCAAAGACCAGGCAACAAAGAUUUAGAAAGGAACCAUCUAGGACAGAAUGGUGGAAAUUUAUAUCCACCUAGGGAGAGAGGAGUGCGGCCUGGGAAUCUUCAUCCUCCACAUAUUGCUGUGACUUCUCCCCCAGGAAGAAGAGUGCCUGGAAUGCAUGGAUAUUUGCCAGGAAAUCCUCACCACCAUGGACCAAGAACAUCACAACUUCAUCCUCAGUAUAGACAGGGAAUCUGA